UAAAUACAUUUAAUUAUAGCAUUUAUUAUAAAGUACAAAGUUAUAUCUCUACUCAACUAAAAAGUUGUAUAUAGCUAGCGUCCGGCAUGCUUUUAUUUCAACUAUAAUGGCUUUUGAUUUUCAAUCACAACAAGAAAUCAUAAAUAUUAGGUGCUACAAAGUUAAAAUUUUGAAUAUUUGAGCAAUGGGUUGGAAUUGCUUUGGAGUUUUGCAAUCAUACAAAAACAAUAGAGAGACUCAAAUCCAAGAGUUCACGACCAACAAUGUGAGGGUUUUUUCCUAUAACUCAUUGAGAUCAGCAACAAGUCACUUCCAUCCAUCUAACAAAAUAGGAGGUGGUGGUUUUGGAGUUGUUUAUAAGGGAAUUUUGAGAGAUGGAACUUGUGUUGCCAUUAAAUGUCUCUCUGCUGAGUCAAAACAAGGGACUAAAGAAUUCUUGACAGAGAUUAAUAUGAUUUCAAACACCCAACAUCCAAAUCUUGUUCAGUUGAUUGGUUGUUGUGUUGAGAGUGGCAAUAGAAUGUUGAUAUAUGAAUACUUGAAGAAUAACAGCCUUGCCAGUGCUUUACUAGGUUCUAAUGGUAAGCGUGUUGCCCUGAAUUGGCCUCAGAGAGUUGCUAUAAGUUUAGGUACAGCAUCUGGUUUAGCAUUUCUUCAUGAGGAAGCCUCACCACCGAUUGUUCAUCGAGAUAUUAAGGCUAGUAAUAUCCUUAUAGAUGAAAACCUUCAUCCUAAAAUUGGAGAUUUUGGUCUGGCUAAGCUUUUUCCUGAAAAUGUCACUCAUCUAAGUACGCAAGUAGCAGGAACAAUAGGUUAUCUUGCUCCGGAGUAUGCCUUGUUUGGACAACUCACGAAAAAGGCUGAUGUCUAUAGCUUUGGAGUUCUUGUACUUGAAAUCAUAAGUGGAAGAAGCAGUAGUAAAUCAGCAUUUGGAGUGGAUCUCUUGGUUCUGGUGGAAUGGGUAUGGAAGCUAAGAGAAGAAGGACGGCUUCUGGAAAUCAUUGAUCCAGAGCUAACAGAGUAUCCAGAAACUGAAUUGCUGCGGUUCAUCAAAGUUGCUCUCUUUUGCACACAAUCAGCACCUACCCAAAGACCUAAUAUGAAACAAGUGAUUGAGAUGUUGUCUAAGGAAGUCAACCUCAACGAGAAGUCGUUAACUGAACCAGGAGUUUAUAGACCACAUAGCUCGAAACGAUCAAGUUAUGGUAGUCUGCAGAAAUCAUCCUCUGCGGGGAUGAAUGGGGUGCAAUCUGUAAAUCCUUCUGUAACAUCAACAAAGUUUGAGAGCUUUCAGAGUGUCACCCAAAUGCUUCCUAGAUAAUGUUAACUGGUGUUCUUAUUCUUCA